UGGUUUUCGCAUUCGAUGCUUGAAUUCAUCUCGCCAAUGUGGAUGGCACAGUGCCACCUAGUUCUUUAAAUUAUUUAGAUAUUCAUCCGUCCUGUACACAUUAUGGGCGAUGUACUUAUCAAGGAAACAUAGCUCUUAUGGAAUCGAUUGCUGUUUCAAUAGCUUUCGGUUAGAAGAAUGAACACUACUAUUUCUACAAACAUCUCGCACACGGAACCCAGGCUCCUAGCGAUGACCUUCAGAUCAAUGAAGUCUACACCGCCAGGAUUGGCGCUCGGAGUAGUCUACCUCAUCGUCACCAUUUUAGCCGUUAUCGGGAAUACUAUAGUACUGUUAGGCUUCAUUGUAGCGACAUCAUUGCAUCGGAAAAAGAGUGUUUUUGUUGUAUCAUUAACGUGUGCUGAUUUCUUAACUGCAUUUUUUGCUUUCUUAAUAUUUAUGGACAUACCAAAAUCUGCAUCGUUACAAGUCACAAAUUAUUGUAUCUUUGUCACAUCUGUUCUCUCGUUAACGGCUAUUGGAAUCGAAAGGUACAUAGCAAUUGUUGCGUCUCCGUUAGUGUACGCAUCCAAUGUUAUGACUAAAAGUAUGUUAAUUGUAUUAAUACUGCUUUGGUUCGUCCCAUUGCUCGUCUGGAUCCUAAUAUUUAAGUUCUUUCAUAUGGAUAAUAGCAUGGUUAUGGACUUGAUAACAGGAAUAUUCGUUAUCCUGCUCCUGUUUCUCAACACAUCAGUGUAUCUUGCAAUAUAUCGCUACAUAAAGCACCAGGAGAAGGAACUUCGUGCCUUCGGCAGAAACUUCAACCGAGUGAAACGAACCGCGCAUAUCCUUAAAGUGUUUGCGAUUAUAACUGGGAUUAUGUGGAUGUGCUGGUUCCCAUCGUUUGUGCUCAUCGUCAUCAGUUUUUGUGUAGAGCAGAUGCGGAAUGACGUAUGGAUGUAUUGUACAAUAUGUGUCCGAAUUCUUCUCCGAGUGAAUAGUAUGGCAAACCCACCGAUUUACUGGUGGCAAAUACCCGAGUAUAGAAAAGCACUGAGAGAGAUCAGGAGGAAUGUCGGUUUGAUUCCUACCGAUAUUAGUUUAAGUGAUUUAGCGCAGUACUUACCAACUCCUGUUUAAAGAUAUUUAUAUGUAUA